AUGGGACCUCCUCGUCGCAAGGUUCUGGCCACGGCCGAACAGACUCUGACCCCUCCGGACGAGCUGGCGGAAACCCACAUGAUCGUGCGGGCGAUCAAGGCUACCGGCAACAACAUCUACCUGAUUGAAACGCCCGACAAGCAGCAAAUGCUAGUUGAAUUACCCGCGAAGUUUCGAUCGACUUUUUGGAUCAAGCGCAGAUCGUACCUGGUGAUUGAUACCAAGGCAUCGGAUGAGCGAGACAACAAAAUUGGCGGCGAUAUUAUCAAUAUUGUGCGGGACGAGAAAGCAUGGAGAAAGGCUCCAUUCUGGCCCAAGGAAUUCGUUAAGCAACCCGUAUUUACUGGCGACUCCGACUCCGAGGAGGAAUCUCGCGUGGGCAAAAUGCCUUCCUCCGAUGAGGAAUCCGAUGCGUGA